UUUCUGUCUAAUUCCUCCCCUCCUGACAUAGAGAAUAAACAUUUUUUUAUAAUAUCUAACUCCCGCAAAGAUAUUUAAAAAUUGUUAACAUUUUUAAGUUUGCAGCUAUCCACGUUGCAAAACAGUAUUCGACUGCAUUUGAUGGUUGUAAUCUAACGCAAGACAAAAAUUGUGAAGAAGUGAUAGCUGGCAAAAGUAACGAUUACUAAACAAAACAAAAACAGAAGAAAACUCAAUGGAUCCAGUAACGAUAGGUUUUGGCAUGUUGACGGUUUUUGCAAAAGGUGGGAAAACACUACUGGAAUUAUCAGGUGUAAUUGAAAGCAAAUUAAACACAUUAAAAGCAAUAUCAAGAAAUGAUUUUUACAGUAGCAUGAGUAAUUUCAAAAAAGGUAUUGAGAGACUGAAACUCGCCCAGUCAACUAUAAACGAAGAAUCAGAGUCACGACAACACGAGCGAAUAAAGUCGGCUAAAGAAUCGUUUAUAGAGGCAGUCAAAGAAGCAAGCAACGCAUUUCACAAUGAGUCAUUAAAAAUUGAAGAAAGAAUAGUAGCGUGCUGGAUUUGCAUCGCAAGUUCUAUCCUACGACACUAUAAUGAUAGCAAGGCAGCAAAAAAGGAUUCUAUGGUAUACUUAAAGGAAUUACAUUCAUUUCCCGAAAUUGGAAAGAUGUUUUCAAAAAUGAGCGAUCUUUCCAAAAAAGACAAAAACGUUGAUAAUGUAAUAAUGAUCAAUUUAUUAUUGGCCGAUUUCAUUUCCAACAACCCAUCCAUACGUUACGCAGUUCUUGAUUGGCCAUUGAUUAAAUGUGGCGAGAAAAUAUUUCAUCCUUUGUAUUUUAAAGAAGUUGAAGGAAUCACGAGUUCCUCAACACCUUGGCACGAAUAUAAUUUUUGCAUGGAUGAAAGUGACCUAUUUGUCGACAAAGAAAUCACAUUAACCAACAAAGGAGAAAUGCUGAUUUUUUCUGGAAAAAAUCUCCAAAAAAUCGACAGUGAAACAGGAGAGCUUCAACCGUGGUGUGAAGAAAAUUACAAGAUUGAUGAUUGGCAGAUUAGAUGCAUGACAGUUGAUAACAAUGGCGUGGUAUAUGUUCUUUCUGGUUAUGGACGUAAAAAGACUUGGAAAUAUCUAUUGACAAUCUUUUCACAAGACGGUACUUUCCAACAGUCUACAUUAAAGUUCCUAGACAACAAAGAGGCACGAAAUCUGUUCAUGGCCGUAACACAAGAUGAAAGAAUUGUUGUUGCAUUUGUUGAAGGUGACCAGAGCAAUAUCACCGUGUGUGGAUGUCACAAAGAUGGUGAACUCUUUUUGAAGGAGUUGAAGGAAAAAGGUGAACCUUCUUUAAUCUUUGGUGAGAUGAAAACUUUCUCUGUUUCUUCUGAUAACAUAAUAGCAAUCAUAGUAUUCCGAGAGGAGCGUUUUCGAAAAUUUCAUAAGCUCCUCACCUACAACAUAGAAGGUGACCAAAUAAAAGUCGUGAAGUUCAACCCAAUUCUGAAAGAAAUCAGAUCGUAUGAUGAAGUAAUUUAUACACCCAAAAUCGACACCAUAACAGGUUACUACUUCAGUGAAAUUGAUUCAAAGUUAGUGGUCGAGAUUUUCUCUACUGUAACUAAGAAACAUCAGUUGUCGCUCGUGCUGAUGAAAACAGAAUACGACUCAGGCAUGUUCAACGAUAAGUCUCGUCUUGUUCAGCACGCUAACAGAAAGGUGGCUUUGGUUACAAAAGAGCGUGUACUUCAUUUAAAAAAAAGCUUUGCCCUAGAGGAAUCAUGCGUAUCGCACAUAAUUGCUAGGAGUAAGUCGAUUCUAAAAAAGAAUAAAAUAAAUUUUCCUGGCACGAUACAUGACAUUUUUUCAUCGAAAAAGUUUGCUGAGAACAUGCUUAAUUUCAAAGAAAGCAUUACAGCAAAAAAGGAUACGAAAACGGUUGACAGGUCAAAAUCCAAAUCACCAAAAAGCUCAGUAGACCCCAAGAGGUCGAACCAAGAAGGGAGUUCCAAGAAUCCUGAUAUAGAAGAACCAGAACAACGUCCAGUGGCUAACAUCGUUGCUCAAUUUGAAGAUAAAAAGUGACAAGAAUUUAUAAACUCUCUCGUGAAAAGACAUUUUUGCAAUACAAUCAGGGCUUGAAAGCUUUUAAGCCAUUUUCUAAGGCUUCUUCAAGCUGCAAAAUAUUAUGAUUAGAAAAUUUCAAAGAAAAGUUUUUCCACUUUCUUGCACAGUUCACUUUCGUAUAAGUCAAUUUAUUAACAUGUAUUUAUCAAGUUGCCCGUCAUUUAUUUAUAUAUAUAUUGUAGGGUUUAAAAGCCCAAAUGUAUCACGUGAAAUUAUAAUAUGGCACACUAGCACAUGUAUCGAACUAUCCUUUCAAAUUAAACAAUGUUAUAAAUUUGGCAAA